AAUCGAACUUUGCAACACUGCCAAAACAUACAACUCGUCGCAACGUGUAACAUCUGGGCGAUCCCAAAACAGCUGUUUCACCAUUUGUUGACAACAGUAACAAGGAGCCACAGUUGCAAUUCCACGUUUAAAAUGCCGCAAAUUAAAAAAUCUGACGAAAAAUUUGAUGUGGUCAAGUACUUUCUGCAGCUGCUUGAGGAUGACAAAGACAUGUCCUCUGGCAUUGCGGCCAUCAAAACACUGCUUAUGAUAUUGGAAAAAAAACAAUUUGGCACCAUACACAUUCUGCACACCACAAUGCGGGAAGCUGUCGCUGCUAUGCGAAAAACGGAUCUGUCCAUUGCAGCCAUCGUUUCUGCUGGAGAACUCUUUUGUCGGUUCAUCACGCUCAGCCUGGAUGAUAAACACAUGGAAGAGUGUCGCCAGAUCAUGUUAAAUCGUGGCAAAAUCUUCCUCACCAAGUUGCUUAAUUCACGACAAGUAAUUUCACAACAGGCGCAGCGUUUCAUCAGCGAUGGGUGUCGCAUUCUAACGCAUUCACGAUCACGAGUGGUGCUCAAUGCACUGAUUGCUGCCUCCAAGAAUAAGAAGUCAUUUCACGUCUUUGUGACGCAAGGUGGCGUCGGCAAUUCUGGUGAGGAGAUGGUGCAGGAUCUGCAGGCGGCGGGCAUUGAUUCUACACUUAUACUAGACUCUGCCACUGGUUAUGUGAUGGAAUCAGUUGACUUUGUAAUGGUUGGCGCCGAAGCUGUUGUCGAGAGUGGCGGCAUCAUCAAUCGCAUUGGGACUUAUACGAUGGGAUUGUGCGCGAGGGAGAUGAAAAAGCCGUUCUAUGUGCUCGCCGAAAGCUUCAAAUUCUCGCGCUUGUAUCCACUUAAUCAACGAGAUCUGCCCAACGAGUAUAAGUACUCGCGCAAACAUUUAAAUGACGUGUCAAAGGUGCAUCCGCUGGUCGAUUAUACGCCGCCCGCUUAUAUCACGCUGCUGUUCAGCGAUCUGGGAAUACUGACGCCAUCCGCAGUGAGCGAUGAAUUGAUCAAAUUGUACAUGUAAACCCGUAGACAAUAAAAUUGAAUUGAAUUGAAAUACGAAACAUA